AAGGCACCGUUUUCAACUGUCUUCACCCAGAAGAGAGAGAGAGAGGAGAGAGAGAACUCAGAAGAGAGAGAGAGAGAGCUUACCCUAUCUCCAGGAGAGUAUUUCUCGGAUUUUCUUUCCUUUUCUCGUGGUUGAUCGGCCGAGAUAUAGUCUUUCUUCGUAUCCACACGCAAGCAUCUGAGCAUGUAUUUUAAUCCGCCUGAAGUAAGGAUGGCAAAAAGCUACUUCAAGCAGGAGCAUGACUUUGCGAAAAGGUGUGCUGAGGCUGCAAGAAUUAGGGACAAAUACCCGGAUAGAAUUCCCGUGAUUGUGGAAAGAGCUGAGCGAAGUGAUAUUCCCAGCAUCGACAAGAAAAAAUACCUUGUUCCAGCUGACCUAACAGUGGGACAGUUUGUUUAUGUGAUCCGGAAGAGAAUUAAACUGAGUGCUGAAAAAGCAAUCUUCAUAUUUGUGGACAAUGUUCUUCCACCUACAGGAGCAAUAAUGUCUACUAUAUAUGACGAGAAGAAAGAUGAAGAUGGAUUUCUCUAUGUUACUUACAGCGGUGAAAACACAUUUGGUUGCCGAAUUCCUCACUAGUUUAAGGUUACCGUCGACAUGCUCCUUUCUAUUUCUCAUGCACGUCCCCACGCCAUCUUCAUUUCCACGGUGCUGCGUAAAAUAAUUCUCCAACAAGAACUAUCUAUAGCCUCACAAGUGAUCAGUAUACAUGGUUGCAUACUGUGCACAUAUAUAUUUCCUCCAAAAAUUUCUACAAUGGCAUGAACAAUGAAAUUGUUCAGUAUCCUCGUUUUUGCA